AUGAAGGUGCUGGUCGUCGACGACGACCAGACGUGCCUCGCCGUGCUCAAGAGGAUGCUCGUCCAGUGCCGCUACGACGGGGAUUCUCAACGGUCCUGUAAUCCUCCGUUUUCGAGAAAUUGUGCCCCCUUCUCCCGGUUUUAUCUGUCUGGGGAAUGGAUUUCUGAUGUGUGUUUGAUUAAGGACUGUGUACUUACUAGGCAUUCAUGUGGAUGGGUAGCUUUUGCCAUAGGAAGCUUGAAGGUUACAACCUUUGGAGGUUGUACCCCCCGAACCGCAUUGGUACCGUUUCGAAAGCUGGUUCAGCAUCCUUGGCGGCUUGACAUGUGGCACCACCAUCUGCUCGCUCGUGUUGCAAUCGAACAAGCUACAACUUGUUCUCAGGCCACGAGAGCAUUAGCUAUGCUGCGAGAGAACAGGGGUGCUUUUGAUGUUAUAAUUAGUGAUGUUCACAUGCCUGAUAUGAAUGGAUUCAGGUUACUUGAACUUGUAGGCCUUGAGAUGGAUCUUCCAGUUAUUAUGAUGUCUGCUGAUUCAAGGACGGAUCUAGUAAUGAAAGGAAUAAAACAUGGAGCAUGUGAUUAUUUGAUUAAACCUGUCAGGAUGGAAGAGUUAAAAAACAUCUGGCAACAUGUUGUGAGGAAAAAGUUUGGUGGAAGCAAGGAACAUGAGCAUUCAGGUAGCUUAGAUGAUACAGAUCGGAACAGACUAACUAAUAAUGAUAAUGAGUAUGCUUCCUCUGCAAAUGAUGGAGCUGAGGAUAGCUGGAAGUCUCAGAAAAAGAAACGGGAUAAAGAAGAGGAUGACAGUGAAUUGGAAAGUGGUGAUCCUUCUAAUAAUUCGAAGAAACCCAGAGUUGUUUGGUCAGUUGAGCUCCAUCAACAAUUUGUAAAUGCAGUUAAUCACCUCGGAAUAGACAAAGCUGUUCCCAAGAAAAUUUUGGAGUUGAUGAAUGUCCCUGGUUUAACUAGGGAAAACGUCGCCAGCCAUUUGCAGAAAUUCAGAUUGUAUCUGAAAAGGAUAGCUCAGCAUCAUGCAGGAAUGGCCAAUCCAUAUAGUGUGCCUGCUUCUAGUGCUCAAGUGGCCUCCUUGGGAGGACUUGAUUUCCAAGCUUUGGCUGCUUCAGGUCAAAUCCCUCCUCAAGCCCUGGCAGCUUUGCAGGAUGAGCUCCUAGGACGACCUACAAACAGCCUGGUGUUGCCUGGAAGGGACCAGUCAUCUUUACGACUUGCUGCAGUCAAAGGAAAUAAGCCCCAUGGAGAGCAAAUAGCAUUUGGGCAGCCGAUAUACAAGGUCCAGAAUAAUUCAUAUGCGGCAUUACCCCAAAACAGCUCUGCAGUUGGAAGAAUGCCUUCUUUUUCAGCUUGGCCCAAUAACAAACUUGGUAUGUCAGAUUCAAUGAGCGCACUGGGUCAUGUGAAUAAUUCUCAGAAUAGCAAUAUGGUCUUGCACGAAUUGCAACAGCAGCCAGAUACCAUGCUGUCGGGAACCCUUCACACUCUAGAUGUCAAACCUUCCGGCAUAGUAAUGCCAUCUCAGUCAUUAAAUACUUUCCCAGCUAGUGAGGGACUCUCUCCUAAUCAAAAUUCCUUGAUUAUACCUUCUCAAUCGUCAGGUUUUCUAACAGGCAUUCCUCCAUCCAUGAAGCCUGAACUUGUUCUCCCAACUUCUCAAUCAUCAAACAGUCUGUUAGGUGGGAUUGAUCUGAUUAACCAAGCUUCAACCAGUCAGCCUUUCAUUAGUAGCCAUGGAGGAAAUCUUCCUGGUCUCAUGAAUCGUAACUCAAAUGUGAUGCCAUCACAAGGAAUAAGUAGCUUUCAAACUGGUAAUACUCCAUAUCUGGUUAAUCAGAACUCUAUGGGAAUGGGCUCUAAACCACCUGGUGUUCUAAAGACUGAGAGCACUGACUCUCUUAACCAAAACUAUGCUUAUGCCAACCAUAUGGAUUCCGGCUUGCUGUCUUCUCAGUCAAAAAAUGCACAGUUCGGUUUUCUGCAGAGUCCAAAUGAUAUCACAGGUGGCUGGUCUUCUUUGCAAAAUAUGGAUGGUUAUAGAAAUACUGUUGGGCCAAGUCAGCCAGUGUCCAGUUCGUCUAGCUUUCAGAGUUCUAAUGCAGCCCUUGGGAAAUUGCCUGAUCAAGGACGAGGAAAAAAUCUUGGAUUUGUUGGGAAGGGUACUUGCAUCCCGAACCGCUUUGCAGUGGAUGAGAUUGAAUCUCCAACUAACAGCUUGAGUCACAGCAUUGGAAGCAGUGGAGACAUCCCUGACAUGUUCGGAUUUAGUGGACAGAUGUGA